AUGACCACGUUUUAUCCCAUGGCUACGGGCCAGGGAACUUCGGAGAGCCAGAAUGAUAGUCCCAAUGGCCAGACCCAGAGCCAGGGGUUGAUGUUUCCUGAUACUACCCCUGUUGCCUCGAGUGCCAUGUUGGGCAACGGCAUUCUGGGCCACGACAUGCAUCCAAACAACUUCAACUUUGACUCUGGAGCAGGCAAUCAGAUGCCCCCCCAGGUGGUCGGCUCUGGUUUCCAUUCCGAACUUCACUUUACUGGCGGUUACUUGGAGAACCAGGCCGGGCCCAACGUACUUCCCUUUGAGACGACGCCGUCUAUCCUGACGACGGCGGCGACUGGCGUAUAUCCCAACCGUCUUACUGGUCCUCCUCCCCGUUUGACCGAGCAGUCGGAGGUGAAAUUCGAAGGAUACCCACUCGAUCUGGUCGGACUCACCAUUCACGACAGUGGUGAUGCUGAAGAGCUGGCGCGCCGACGGGUAGCAAUCCAGCUGAACCAGAAGAGCCACAGACAAAAUCCGCCAGUGAUUCCCGACCACACGCUCGGCGAAAUGACUCCUAAGCGAGUCUUUCCAGACUUCAUCAAGCCCAGCCAGAGCACGUCGCCCGAGGAGAAGCUCAUGAUGGAGCGCGAGAACAACAGACUGGCCGCCCAGCUGCAGAAAGAAGACCGAGCCCGCAACAACGAGGCGGCCAAGCGCAGCCGCCUUGCCAAAUCCGAGGCUCUGUGCAAUGCCACAAAGCUCAACAUUACCCAAUUCAUUCGGAUUGCGUGGCUUGAAGCCAAGGUGAUUGGCCUCGGCGGCAGUCUCGCCGACUUUGACGCCAUCCGCCCAGACAUGCUCCUCAAGAUACGCAACGACGUGCUCGCGCGCAUGGACGCCGUCUACGCCCAGCGAAAGAAGAACAAGGCCGAAGAAGAGUCCCGCAGAAGAGCUCUUCGCAACAAGGAGCGCCAGCGGAAGAAGGCGGCGGCCAACGAGCGUUUUGCUCGUCAGCGGGCCGAAGCCACUCGCGCCGCCGCCGCUUCCACUACACCCGGCCCCCAGGUCCAAGCAGCUCCUCAGAAUGGGAGGGCGACUCAAAUGGACUGGGCCUCCUUCGUCCCAUCCUACGAUUUUGGUCAGAACUAG